GCGAGGCGUUACUUCGAAGCUGAUCUUGCCCCACUCUCCUUUGCUUCGCUUUCUCCUCCUCCUAUGCCUUUGGUUUCUGGAACCGGUAUCAAAUCACCUAGGCCGGAGACCGCUGGCUUAUCAUCGACAGCUUCGCGCACUGGCCAGCAGACUAACUGUUUGGGUAGCCAGAUCCAUGUUCUCGCUGGCCUUUUCGACUGUCCUUUCGUGAUCCUCCUUCAUCCGUUGAAUUCUGGUUUAGUGCGAGUUGGCUGUCUGCGAGCGCGUGCCUCUGGCAGCUGCUUCGAUGCCGGACCUUUGGUUAGCGGUCAGGUGGUUAGUCGAAGAUGUCUUGCUAGCCUCGUCCGUCAGACUGUGGGGAACACGGCCCGCAGGCGCCGCCUUGCCUCAGAUGCUUUUCAUCCUCCCCAUGUGCAUAGGGCCCAUCGCAUAGCAGAAAUUUUGCGAUUGACUCGCCGAUAUCAGCAACAGAAUUCGCCUCCCAUCGCUGCAAGCCAUGAGGCGGGACAGACAGCAAUGAGUGACUCAGCCUCUGUACCUCUUAGCAGGAUUAAAAGGAUGCCAAUGGGGCGCACAGGACUGUCGGAAAUGGAACCUUUUCUUCCAGAUCUUGCGGUCGAUCUUAUGUGCAGACCCGUGCUUUGUACCCCUCCAGUAGGUUAA